AGAGAUGAGAGAGAGAGAGAGAGAGAGAGAGAGUUAGUGGGAGAGAGGGAUGGAAGUGUUAGCAGAGAGUGGCUUCUGCCCAUCAACAGGAAUCUACCAUAGCAAAUGGGUUUCUCCUCUCCUUCCUCAUAAUCCAUGUCUUUCCCUUCCAUCCUUCCUCCUCUCACCACUCCCUCCUCAAAUUCUCUGCAAACCUGCUUUCAUAGACUCCACCACCGGCAGAUCGGUGACUUACGGUGAGUUCCGGUCACUUAUAGUCGCCGCUGCAUGCACCUUACGUACACUAGGUGUGAAGAAAGGUGAUGUAGUUCUUGUUGUCUCACCCAACUUCCUACAUUUCCCUUUACUUGUCUUAGGGGUCAUGUACCUUGGUGCCAUUUUCAGCACAGCCAACCCUUUACACACUAGGCCUGAAUUAGAAUCUCAAAUCCAAGAUUCUAAGCCCAUUUUAAUCCUCACUACCCAAGAACUCAAACCAAAGCUUGAUGGGCUCAUUUCUGGGCCUCUUCUUAUGACUCAAUCCUUCAUAGAUGAUGUGUUAAAUCAUUCAUCACAUCACCCAUAUUCAUGCGAAUCACUGAACGUGUCGAUUCGUCAACAGGACACUGCGGCACUCAUGUACUCGUCGGGAACGACAGGAAAGAGUAAGGCUGUUGUGUGUUCUCAUGGUAACUUAAUAGCCAUGAGUUGUUUACUAAGGCAUGUGUGGGAUGCUAAGGGUGAAGCUUGUAAUGAUGUUUAUAUGUGUGUGGUGCCUUUGUUCCAUAUGUUUGGGUUGUCUAUGUUUGUGUGUGGGGUCUUGGCGGUAAGAUCCACGGCCGUGAUCUUAAAGAAGUAUUCGAUCGAGGAGAUGUUGGUGGCGGUGGAGGAGUACCGGGUUACUAGGUUGCCGGUGGUGCCGCCGAUCGUGGUUCAGCUGGUGAGAUUGAGCUAUGGAACUAAGUUGAUAGAGUUGGGUUCUCUAAAGGAGUUGAUAUGUUCAGGGGCUCCCUUGGGCAAGGAUUAUAUGGACCGUUUUAGCAAGUGUUAUCCCCACAUCAUACUAUCUCAGUGCUAUGGAUUAACAGAAACAAAUGGCCCCAUUACACUAUGCAAUGGGGUUAGUGGUAGGCUUCAUGUUUCAAUCGGCCGGCUAAUCCCCUGUGUGGAAGCUAAGAUUGUUGAUGUUCAGACAGGGAAGCCCCUUCCACCUCUCAAGUAUGGAGAGCUUCAUCUGAGAGGACCUCCUAUUAUGCAAGGUUACUUGAAGAAUGAAGAAGCAACAUCCCUCACUAUUGAUGAGGAAGGGUGGCUACACACAGGUGACCUAUGCUUCAUUGACCAAUGUGGGCUUGUUUACAUAUUGGACAGAAUCAAGGAACUCAUCAAGUACAAAGCUUUUCAGGUUGCUCCUGCUGAGCUUGAGGAGAUCUUGUUAAGCCACCCUGAAAUCAAUGAUGCAGCUGUGAUACCGUACCCGGAUGAAGAAGCAGGGGAGAUUCCAAUGGCUUGUGUGGUGAGAAGGGAAGCAAGCAAAGUCAGGGAAGCAGAGAUUAUCAAUUUCAUUGCUAGUAAGGUGGCUCAUUAUAAGAGGGUAAGGAAGGUAGUUUUUGUGGAGUCUAUUCCAAGAUCACCUUCAGGAAAGAUUCUCAGGAGACAACUUAGGGCACUGAGUGACCAUCAGCGGUUGGAAAUCUCCUCCAGAUUAUGAUUCAAUCUUCAUCAAUUUAUCAAUUAUGCAUUUUUUAUCAGAACAACCAGAUUAUGGGGGCAAUAAUUUUUAUGUAGAACUAAAGGAGACAUUAUAUAGCAGGGAAUGAUCAGGAUGAUCAGAUAAUUUGCAUAUAUUCUUUAAUGGGAAUUUUAUAUUCUUGGGC